UUGGGUGAAUUAACACGAAAAAUGGUUCCGAUCCUUGAGCGUAGAGACCGAGCGGCUGUUCCCGGUUACAAAUGACGUUGAUUGAUGGCUACUGAUAAGAUUUGAUGGUGUCGCUGUUGUUCGGUGGAAAAUAGAACGCACGUGGUCGUUAGUGUAAAUGUGGUGUACAGAAGUUUGCGUUUCUGAACAGAUGGUUCAUUUGGUUCAUUCAUUUGCACAAGUAGCAUGCCCGUUCUAACAGAGAUGUGCAAAAAAAAAACAAACUAAGGCCUCCAAUCGGCCAGCUAAGAGACCGUUCGUACACAUAUAUUAGCAUGUAUUUCGUGAUGGUACACAGCGGAGUUGCGGUUCGCCGCGCGCUGUGACGCUCCUCUAGAUUUGAUACCUCUUGAAAACUAACAAGUAGUGACUCAGAACAGGAAGAGUGAUUCGUGCGCGUGGUUCAUUCUUGCAGCCGGGCAACUGACCCAUGCGGGCGUUGUUUAGAAAGGGGAGUGCAGUGAGCGAAUGUGCAUGUAUCGCGUGUGCAUAAUUUUCGUAGUGCAUUGCGAAGAAAAAAAAAAACGGAAGAGAUAUUAGCUUUUUCUUUUCCAGUUCAGUGAACCGGCCGGCCGCUAGCAGAAUCGGAUUGUAGCUCUUGCACCUGCCACCUUGCAAGGUUGUUCAGUGUCCGCGGCGCAAGCAGAGAAAAUGUUUGUUUAGUGGAUUUUCCUCGAAUCAGUAAGCGGUGAAUAUGGUUCAAAAGUACGAGAUUCGGGAAAAGGAAUCGCGUAAAAGUGUCGGAUUUAUCGAUAGUUUCAAAUCGUUUUUCGGAGGAAACAGGAAAGCGAAGCCUCCGAGAGAGCCAAGCGGAAAUGCUCCUAUUGCGUAUCCCGAGAGCAGUGAACCAUCCUCGCUGGUUAGUACUGUGGAGGAGAACAACAAUAACAACUGUAGAAACUGUGCUUCUGUUUUCAUAUCAGUUCCGGACGAUGUGAACCGUUAUGAGAUUAGGAAACCUUUGAAAACGAAAUCGUUGAAGGCAGUGGUUUCAGCGCGAACUAGCCGCAGCAAACCGGUACGCAGACGGUCUUUCGGACGACGAAUCAAUAAUUUGUGGACUAACUUUGGCCUGCUGAGGAGCUCCGAGAAGAUUGUUGAAUUUGCAAGCGGUUAUGCUGCUUUUCAACACGUUCGUGAAAAUUUGGAAGAUCUGAAUGGAAAAUCGGAAGCGAACGAAACCGAUCUUGUGUUCCUGCAAGGGAUUCUAGAAAAUCCGGCAGUUACCCAAAUAAUAAAGAUCCAAGACAAAUUAGAGGAAGUCUCGCCCCCGCUCAAACCAGUCCGGCUGAACAACGUCUCUCUGCUGCGGGAAGUGGUCGAUCGGUGUACGUUGUCGCGGAACCCAAAUGCUCGGGAACUAGCGCGAAUAUUUCGCUAUCCCCACUUCCGUGCCCUGAUCCACUCCCACGACGAGGUCGGCGAGAUAACGCUAGCGAAGCUGAGUAAUCCUCCCAGCGAACGAAGUGACGGUAAAACACCUGCGUCUCCCGGUGGCAGCAGCGGAUCGGAGCUAGACGGAUCGCUGACAAACUCAGUGACCACGGCCGGGAACGGAAUGCCUGGGGAGACCAUCAAAAUGGUUGGGAUUCGGCGGAAUCCCAACGAACCGCUCGGUCUGACGGUUGAGGUCGACGAACACAACCAGCUGAUGGUGGCCCGAAUCAUUGCCGGCGGGAUGAUCGACCGGCAGGGACUGCUGCAUCCGGGCGAUGUCAUAUUGGAAGUGAAUGGCGUACCGGUGGCCACGCCCGAAGAUCUACAGACCGAGAUAUCUCGGGCGAAGGAAUCCGUGACGCUGAAGAUUGGACCCAGUCUGGAGGAGGAGAUGAAAUCCGCCCGGAUUGUGAUGGCCGGUGGACAGGUAAAAAGUGGGAAAAAUUUAGAGACGGGGAAGAAAUUGACGUGUUACAUGCGCACGCUGUUCGAUUACGACCCGGCGGAGGACAACCUACUGCCCUGCCAGGACAUAGGAUUACCAUUCCAGCGCGGUGAUAUACUGCAGAUCAUCAACGUGAAAGACCCCAACUGGUGGCAGGCUCGUCACGCCGGCGAAGAUGGCCCCAUCGGGUUGAUCCCUUCCCAGGAACUGGAAGAGCGUCGCCAGGCGUACGUACCACCGGAGGCGGAUUUCGUGCAUAAGAUAAGCAUAUGCGGCACGAGGAUUUCCAAGAAAAAGCGCAAAACUAUGUACAAAACCAAGCAGAACGGCGAAUUCGAUAAGGCUGAUUUGAUGCUGUACGAGGAGGUCACGAAAAUGCCACCCUUCAAGCGGAAAACCUUGGUACUGAUCGGGGUGUCGGGUGUUGGGCGACGGACGCUCAAGAAUCGGCUGAUCAACAGCGAUCCGGACAAAUUUGGCUCAGUGUUACCUCAUACUACCCGUCAACCGAGGCCUCUGGAGGAAUCCGGUAAGGCCUACUGGUUCACCGACCGGGAAACUAUGGAGCAAGAAAUCAAGGAAAAUAAAUUCCUAGAGUUUGGAGAGCACAAUGGAAAUCUCUACGGGACACAUCUGGAUUCCAUCAGGGAUAUUAUUCGACAAGGAAAAAUGUGUGUUCUCGAUUGCGCACCAAGUGCGCUGAAAAUCCUGCAUAAUAGUGCUGAAUUCAUGCCAUACGUAAUAUUCAUCGCAGCGCCCGGAAUGGAACAGUUGAAGUUGCUCUACUCGGAACGCAGGUCCGGUCAGGGUUCGAUGAAAAGCUUACAGUUUGACCGCCAGAGCUCAAUCCGCUUCAGCUCCCGUCGAGCAAAAACACUGGAAUCACUGGCAUCCCUGUAUGAGGAUGAUGACCUAGUCUCGGCCGUGGAGGAAAGUGCCUUGCUGCAGAGGAAGUACGACAAGUAUUUGGACAUGGUGAUCGUGAACGAGGACUUCGACGUGUCAUUUCGGGCCGUGACCGACGCGCUGGAUGCCCUCAGCCACGAGCAUCAGUGGGUGCCCGUCAAUUGGAUUUACUAGGGCCACACGGCGCCAAGAGAGGGCAAUCGUGUAACCCGGAUAGCGAAAGUGAUGUGUUCAAAGUCGCAACAUACUGAGCCAUAUGUGCAUGCAUUAAACGGUACCAUUUUAUCAAAGCCUUAUUGUCAAAUAUCAGCGAUUUACGCCGCAUCGGACGCAAAAUCAACGCUUCGCAACGCAUACAUCGUACUAUUGCAGAAACAAAAAGUAAUCAUUAAAUAGUCGUCUAUCGAUAAUCAGCAGGAGCCUUUUAAAAUCGAGCAUAGUAUAUUUAGAGAUCUAGGUAGACUUAGGCCAUUCAGGAAAUAUGAUUGUUUCGUCCAUUAAUUUUAAUUUCGUCUAAGAGUUUCAAAAGAUGGCAUGAUCCAUAGCCCACAGUAUGAUUUAUUUUAAUGUUCUGAAAUUUCAAAUCACUAUUGCAGAGUUGGAUAGUUUAGGACAUGCGAUGAACUGUUCUAGUUGAGUUGCCUAUAUCCAGAGUACCCAAUGUUUUAACAUCAUUUAUAACUGUUAAGUUGUUUUAAAAACUAUCUGUUGUAGGAAUUCAUUGAAUUUAUCGAAACAUUAUUACGAAAUAAAGUACCAUUCAAAUACA